CCCGGAGCUGGCGCGAUGUGGAGCGGGCACGGGAACUUCGAUGGCGGGUACGGCACCAUGGGCGGCUACACGCAGUCCCCGGGCGGGUUCGGGUCGCCCGCUGGCGGCCAGCCGGAGAAGAAGCAGCGGAGCCGCUCGCAGAACAUCGUGCCCUGCACCGUGUCGCAGCUGCUGGCGGCCGAGCAGGUCGACGAGACCUUCCGGAUCUGCGAUGUGGAGAUCUCGCAGGUCACCGUUGUGGGCAUCGUCCGGCACGCGGAGAAGGCGCCCACCAACAUCCUCUACAAAGUGGACGACAUGACGGCAGCCCCCAUGGACGUCAGGCAGUGGGUUGAUACUGAUGAGGCAGGAGGUGAGAAUGUUGUGAUACCUCCAGGAACUUACGUUAAAGUAGCUGGCCACCUUCGGUCGUUCCAGAAUAAGAAGAGCUUGGUAGCAUUUAAGAUCAUGCCUGUGGAAAAUAUGAAUGAGUUCACCACACACAUACUAGAAAUUGUCAAUGCACAUAUGAUCCUCAGAAAAAAUAUUAUGUCAAGAGUGCCACCACAGUCAUUUUCCUCCACUGGGAUAAGUGACAUGGGAGGCUAUGGAGGAGGAGGAGGCAGCCUGCCAGUGAAUGGGCUCACAGCACACCAGAGCCAGGUGCUGAACUUGAUCAAAAGUUGCCAUGUGCCAGAGGGGAUGAGUCUGCAGGACUUGAAGCACCAGCUCCAGAGUAUGAGUAUGUCAACAAUCAAGCAAGCUGUGGAAUUCCUCAGCAGCGAGGGACACAUCUACUCCACGGUGGAUGAUGAUCACUAUAAGUCAACAGAUGCCGAGUGAAGUUCCUCCCAUCUGAUUUUAGAUCCAAGCAAAUGUUUGUCCGUGUUUCGAGAUACCUUGCUGAGCUCUGUUACAUAGAGGGAGACCUUUGUUCUUUAUGGGAAGUCCUGGUUACUUGGUGCAUGCCAACUCCUUGGAAUUCAAGGACAAGCAGAAUGUGUGUGAUUCUGGUAAUUGGACCUGAUUACCUUCUGGUAAUCUGGACCUGAUGCUCUGCUGUGACCAUGUGCCUGAAAGCAUAAUCAAACAUGGGAAAGCUGAACUCAAAGCUUCAGAGCUUUCACUUUGUUUUGGCUCCCUAGAGAAAUCCCUGUUAGAAACAAGAGCCUCUUUCUGAUGUCCUUUAUUUCUAGAGCUGUUUCUCCUAACUUGGCUUCCACUCCAUUUUCUUGACAAAGUGGGUAGCCAAGAGUAACCUUCCACUAAUGUACAGCAAUCAUGAGAAGAUGUUUUCAUUGUUUAGUUAAUUCAUUUAAAUCUAUAUUUGUACUAGAGCUGAUCUUGCUAGAGCUUUUAAACUUUUCCA